AAAAAUGUUAACAUAAAAUACUUUUUUUGAAUAUUACAAUUUCAAUGGCUUCUUGUUUCAAUGCUUAAAGAAAAAAUAAGGAAAAAAACCCAUUUUGAAAAAGGGAAAAAGAAAACAGUUAUAGCAAUUCAAAAGGAAUCCCUUUCUUCACGCUGACCGCCAAAAUCUCUUCACUUUCUCCACGUCUCUCCACUUCCAACAAACUCAUUCCUUCUUCUUCCUUCUAUUUAACCCCUUUUUCAUUCUUUCGUUUCUCAUUUAACUCAAACCACCAUGUCUUUUCUCCACUGUUAUUCACCCUUCAAACCUUUCCCACUUGCUUUCUUCGUCCUCCUCCUCUCCUUCCAUUUCUUCCCAGCAAUCAGCACUGAUUUCCUUGUUGGCGACAGCGAUGGCUGGUCAGCCCCUAAACCAAAAGAAGCUGACAAAUACAACAAAUGGGCUUCCCACAACAGAUUCAAUAUCGACGACACUGUCCAUUUCAAGUACGAGAAAGAUUCAGUGAUGAUGGUGACGGAGGAAGAAUACAAACAAUGUGUUUCACCAAAGCCUCUAUUUUAUGAAAACAAUGGAGAUAGUGUGGUAAAGCUUGACAGAGCAGGAUUGUUCUAUUUCAUUAGUGGAGUUUCAGGGCAUUGUCAGAAAGGUCAGAGAAUGAUAAUCAAAGUGUUAGAACCUAUGAGUCCUCCACACCCACCCACUGUUCCACCAGAUGAAAAAAGUGGUGCUGCACAUUCUAAUUUGGUCUCUGUUACAUCUUCAUUCUUGGGGAUGUUCUUCAUGUUGUUCUUUGCUCUGUUUUUGUCGAUUUGAAAUAGGGGUAUCUUGGGAAAUUCGAUUGGUUUGUUCAUUUAUUAGGAUUUUUGUUUUUGUUAAUUUUUUUCUUCUAGAGUUAUGAAUGAAUGGUUGGUUUAGUUUUGAUUGUAGUUGAGUAAUUUUGGAGAUGUUGAAUAAUAACAAAAUUACAAAAAGAAAUGUGGAAUACGCUUGAAAUUCUUC